AUGUUCAUCUUUAGUGCUUUUAUUUUGAUAAUUUUUCCAAUUAUUUCUACAAUCAAUGCCAUUCCACCAAAGUUAGAUGAAUUUAAAUCAUCACGAAUGCUGAAGAAUGGAGCAAAAUUCAAGAUACUGUGUGUUAUACUUGAGGGAACGAAGCCAUUCCAAUUUGAAUGGCGAUUUAAUGAUCAUCAGCUUUCUAAAUCAUCUAUCGCUUCUGAAUAUAAAAUUGAUUCUUUUAAUGAUGAUCAAUCACAAUUGACUAUUGCCAAACUUGAUCGCAAACAUUCCGGUACUUAUUCCUGUUUGGUUCGUAAUAAUUUUGGUUCCGAUCGACAAUCAACUCGUCUUACGGUUACAGGUUUGUCACAUCAACAAUUUCUUUUGGCCAUCAAUAUGUGGCGCAUAUUUAGUUAUUUGAAAUUUAAAACAUUCAUUUUGUUUUCAUUCGCAUUUGUUUAUUCAUUUAUGUUUCAUUCGGAUGAGAUCAAAAUGUUGCCGAACAUGUUGAUUUUCUAUAUUUUUGCAUUUUUGUCAAUAUUCAUUUCCGUCAUCUCACAAUCACCACCCAAACUUGUCGAACUUGUACCUCGACGUUCACAGAAUGUUGGAACCAAAUUGAAUUUAUUUUGUUCAGUUCAUGAAGGACAAAGUCCUUUUCAAUUUGAAUGGUUUAAAAAUGAUCGACCAAUAUUGGUCGAUUCUCAUGUUCACAAGUAUCAAAUCGAUACUUCCGAAGAUAAUUCUCUUUUAACUAUAGUCAAUCUUAAUGAUCAUGAUUCGGCCAACUAUUCUUGUAUGGUUAGAAAUGAUUUCGGUUUUGAUUCACAAACGACCAUUCUAAUCGUUAAAGGUUUGUUUGUUACAACGAUUUUCUGUUUCAUAACAAUAUGUGGCGCUUAA